GAACAAGUUCAAAGAGCAAACACACAAAAGAAGAAAAAAGACAGAAACAAAAGCAACACUAAAACCAAGAUACCUAGCCUAUCAUAACCAACUAAGUCCUAUCCCAUUCCCUGGGCACAACACGAGGAUAAACCACCCGCUUAAGUCCUCCAAUAAAAUGGCAUGAAGGUUCUUCGAUAUUGCCCUUAUGAACUCCAUGAUUUGCUAACCAAUCCGUGGCUCAAUUAGCUUUUCUAUAACGAUAAACUCAAGUUCAACGAUCUGUAUCAUCUAAAAAUCCACCAAUGCAUAGUUUAGUUUGUUAUUUUAAAUAGACCAUAAAUGUCUUACUCAUCCCUUUACAGUCUUAAACAAUAAUACUAAGGAAAAAGAUCAAUCAAUCAAUAUAAAUAUGAAUUGGUGCAUGACACCAAACUGUUAGCCAGCUAGAAGUAAUUAAUCCACUUUUGAACUCUUCAACCCACCCACAAACUAACAACCCAACUAACCAACUAAUUAUACAUUAAAAGUCCAUAUUUCACACCCGUCAAAAAAAAAAAAGAAAAAAAAAGUCCAUAUUUCACAUUAACUCACUUUAUAUACACUUUUUUUUAAACCCACCAAAAUCCAAUAAAAUACUGCUGAAUAUUUUAAUUUAUUAUUUAAUUAUUUCAGAAAUUAACAAAUUCAGAUAAAUAAAAUAAUUCCUUUAUUUAUUUCCCUGGGAAAAUUGUCAAUUUUAUCAUCUUCUCUCUCCUCCAUUGUUACUCCCCCACCACCAUCUCCAUCAUCAUCAUCAUCAUUUCUCCACCAGAAAUUCACAGACUAAGAAAAAGACACACCCAAAAAGAGAGAGAAAAAGAAAGAAAAAAAAAACCCAAAAAAACAAAAAGAAAAAUAAAAAGAAAAAGGGUACCUUUAAUUUUCUCUCUCCUCCUCAAAUUUCAAACCUUUCAUUUCAGAUCUAGUGCUGAAAUCAUCUUCCCAUCAUUUUUAUGAGCAAAACCCAGAAAUUUAUCCACCCAUUUUUACCCCCUUUUCUCUCUCCUAUUUAUGAUUCCUUAGUUGUGAAUCAAAAUUUUUUUGGGGUUUUUUUUGAAACCCUAGAAAAAUCAAAAUUGAACUCUUACCCAAACCCUAGUUUUCGACAAUGGCGACAAGAGGGUCGAGAUUGGAGAAAGUUAAGCGGAUUUUCCAGCAAUUUGAUUUGAAUAAAGAUGGAGGGCUUAACAGAGCUGAAAUGGCGGCUUUAGUUGUUGCUGUAAACCCUAGGGUUAAGUUUUCUGACGAACAAAUUAAUGCAAUUCUCGACGAAGUUUUUCGGACUUAUAAAGAAUUCAUUGAUGAAGAUAAGGGUUUAACUUUUGAUGGGUUGUUAAGAACUUAUGAUGAUGGUGCUGGAGAUGUUGAUCGUGAUUUUGAAGCAUUGAAUCUUGAUUUGGUUGCUGGAGAAGGUGAGGAUUCGAUUGCGGAAGCUUCGACAUCGUCGGUGGCGGAUGAUCGAGCAAUGGAGCCUCAGAAGAAGCAGAGGACGGCAGCGUGGGCGGCGUCGCCGAAUCAUGGGAUUGUUUUUGAUGAGACAUGGAAAUUGGUAGAUGAUUUGGAGAUACUGGUAAAGCGGUUGAAGACAAAGCAAGCGAAAGAUGGGAAAAUGAAGAAUGAUAAUUCGGAUAUGUAUUCGGAUGCUGGGUGGUCUAGGGAGUUCGGGCCGUCGUCUUCCGAGGUUUCGGAGAGGGUGAAUUGGGUGGAAUCAGGGCAUGAUUAUGCUGCAUUUGUGAAGGAAUUGGGUGGGUUAAGGGCUAAGGCAGACGGGGCGAGGUCGAGGGAGGAAGCAUUUGAUGGGCAUAUGGCAAUUGGCAGGGUAUUGUAUGAACAUCAGUUGUUUAAGGAUGGUUUAGUGAGUUUUAAGAGAGCUUGUGAGCUGCAACCAGUUGAUGUUAGGCCACAUUUUCGAGCCGGGAAUUGUUCGUAUGCGUUGGGGAAGUUCGGGGAGGCAAAGGAGGAGUUUCAAUUGGCAUUGGAAGCAGCUGAAACUGGUGGGAAUCAAUGGGCUUAUUUGCUCCCUCAAAUUCAUGUCAAUUUGGGGAUCACCCUCGAGGCGGAAGGUAUGGUUUUAAGUGCUUGUGAACAUUAUAGAGAAGCUGCUAUAUUGUAUCCUACUCAUUAUAGGGCUUUAAAGCUUUUGGGUAGUGCUUUGUUUGGGGUAGGGGAGUAUAGGGCAGCUGUGAAAGCAUUGGAAGAGGCUAUAUUUAUGAAACCUGAUUAUGCUGAUGCACAUUGUGAUUUGGCUUCGGCCUUGCACGCGUUAGGGGAUGAUGAGAGAGCUAUUGUAGAGUUUCAGAAAGCGAUUGACUUGACCCCGGGUCAUGUUGAUGCUUUGUAUAACUUGGGAGGGCUUUAUAUGGAUAUGGGGAGGUAUCAGAGAGCUUCUGAGAUGUAUACUAGGGUUUUGACAUUGUGGCCAAACCAUUGGCGGGCACAGCUCAAUAAGGCGGUUUCCCUGUUGGGUGCUGGUGAAUCCGAUGAGGCUAAGAAAGCGAUGAAGGAAGCAUUGAAGAUGACAAACAGGGUUGAGGUGCAUGAUGCGAUUGCUCAUAUGAAGCAAUUGCAUAAGAAGAAGGUGAAGGCUAAUGGAGGUUCUAAUGGAGAGAAUUCUUUCACCGUUGUUGAGCCCUUGAAAUUUAAAACUCUCGGUAGUAAGACUACCUCUAGGCAGGAGUUGGCAACUGCCCUUGAGAUCAGGGCUUUUCAGAGAUUGUCGAGAUUGAAUAGGUGUGAUGUAGAUCUUUUGAUGAGGGAAAUUAGUGAUAGUGAUGUGCCCUUGUCAUUCUCUGGUACCGGUAUCCCAGAGAAAUCCAUUCGCAAGAACGCCCUGGAGGGAAUUCUUCGCAGGCUGCUUGGUUUCUUGAAACCUGAGACAUUUCAAGAAGCAAUUAAAGCCAUUAAUGAGAGAAUUCUUUCUGUGUUAGAUGAUUCUGGACUGUCUAGAGUGGAUAUUGGUAUGUUUUAUGCAAUCAUUGCUCCCAUUUGUGGUGGUUCAUUGGAAAAACGGAAACGUGUUGCAUUUGAAGCUCUUCUGUAUCGGCCUGUCAAUGAGGGUAAUGGGCAGCUCAGAAAAUCUGAUGCUACCAGAUAUAUGAAGAUAUUGAGAGCCAUCUACUUUCCUGUACAUGGGUCUAGUGAGAUUUUAGAAUUUCGUGGGGAUUCAGAUGCUUCUAUGGUGUCUAUGACAGAGUUUAUUGUGAUGUUUGAUGACCCUGAAUUUGGUUUUGGUAUCUUAUCCACUCUGAUGAAACUGGAGAGUGGUGAUCGGGUACGACAUGGCCAUUAUGUCUGUGCAGUUUGCCGCUACCCUAUUAUUGGUUCUCGGUUUAAGGAGGUGAAAGCUCACUUUAGUUUGUGUAAUCAAUGCUAUAGUGAAUGUAAAGUGCCUUCUUCAGUAAAGCAGGAGGAGUUUUCAUUCAAGGAGUACCAAAGGGAGGCAGAAGCAGCGAAAGAUAAGUUCAAAUGUUUCGGUUCCAAGAAGAACUAGUCCUGAAAUAAUUCUGUAGUUAGUUGCAUUUUGUUAAUUGUGUAUUAGUAUUAAUUUUUUUUCUUGUAAGGUUAGCUGUUUGGUGUGAAUUAUCUAGGUUAGAUGAUGUGUGCAGAAAUUAAUGUUGCCCUUGUACAGUGAUUUUUUCCCCCUUGCUUCAAAUGUUAAUUCUUUCUGUUCAAGUUUGGAUGUGCAUCCUUGUUAAAUCUGUUUA